AUGGGUAUAAAUGAAACGGAUAGUCGUACGGCAGAAAUACCAAUCAUUAGUCAAUUAUCGACCAGUAUGUCUACUGCUAAGCAGAGCUUCAACUCGAACCAGGGUGAGGAGUGCAAUCAAAAACAGUGCUCUAGCAAAGCACCACGCGGUAAGCAGUGGCCAACGCCAAAAUUACUGAUCACUGGGAUAUUUGUAGUGCUCGGUGGAGGAUUUAACUUCGGUUUUCAACUUUCGGUCAUCAAUCCGAUGGCCAAACCGUUGCAGCGUCACUUGUCGCAUUCUCUAGAAAGUCGCUACGAUGUUUACUUUUCGGAAAUAUCAAUUCGAAUACUUUGGUCGUCGAUUGCUGGUAUUCUCUUUGUCGGAGCAAUAAUUGGUGCAACAGUAAUGCCAGCAGUUGUUUGUCGAAUUGGUUCUCGAUGGUCAUUUGUUCUUACUGGAUCGGCACUGAAUACAAUCAGUGAGCGUUUCGCAAACAUAAUGGCUUUGUUCCUUGAUUGCAUCUCAAACGAGUUGCAGUUUGUGAGAUUUGACUUUUAUUAG